AGCUAACUAGGCCGCUUCUGUCACGCUCCCUGCUUCUGAUGCUCGACUCGAGCACCAAUAGUACUGCAUCAAUUCCGCAGGACCUCCGCAGCCUGUAUCUGGGCGGUUGGCUUCGGUUUCGACAAUCUGAAGCUAUGAACGAGUGAGCGCAGGACCAUGCUCAAACUUCAACAGCUUCUGUACACACAAUCUAUCUCAAAAAUUACUCGUGCAACAUGAUGGAUCUUAAAGAUAACCGUACUUUGCGCAUCCUCAAUGCUGCAGCUACAGGCAAAUAUGGUAUUCUGUCAGCCAUUGCGUAGGGUUCCAUGUACCAAUUGCCCGGCAAGAGUACUCACCUGUUCCAGUUACAAUGUCGAGCAACUCACGGCUCUUGUUCGCGCUGCUGAGGCAAAGCGGUCGCCCCUCAUUAUUCAACUUUUCCCAUCAACACUUAUACAGCUUCCGCUGCUAGCGCACGCCGCUGCACAUGCAGUCAAAACUGCUACUGUCCCGCUGUCGCUGCAUAUCGAUCAUGCACAGAACGAAGCGCAUAUCCGCGAAAUCAUUGCAACUUUACCGGUGGAUUCAGUCAUGGUCGAUAUGUCACAUUACGACGAGGCCGAGAAUCUUGAGAAGACGCAGCGUCUAACAAUAGAAUGCCAUGCAAAGGGAAUUGCUGUGGAGGCUGAGAGUGGGAGAAUCAACGGGGGUGAAGACGGUAUCGCAGACACCGGAGAUUUGGAAGCACUAUUCACAUCUCCCGAAGACGUCGACAAUUUCAUCGCCGCGGGCGUCGACAUCCUCGCGCCCUCCAUCGGCAAUGUGCAUGGCGACUACGGGCCCUCUGGCCCCGCAGAGGGACAAAUUCACUUCGACCGUCUCGAGGCCAUUGACAGACAGAUCAACCAGCGAGUGCUAGUAGCGCUGCACGGCACCAACGAUUUCCCGGCAGAGGUCAUGCAGAGAUGUAUACGCGCUGGUGCAAUCAAGCUGAACGUCAACAAAUUGUUGUUGGAAGUUGGCAAUGAGGUGCUUAGACAGAACGCGGCAAGCACGCCGCUGGUGAAGUUGAUUGAUCAGCAGAUGGAUGCCAUACAGGCGGAGACCGAGCGGUGGAUGGAUAUCUGUGGGAGUAGCGGGAAAGCAUGAGAUGACAUGUUUCGGACAAGAAGAUCAUCAGUGGGCCUGCAGAUUCGUUUACUGCGGCAGUGGAGCUCGAGAUAUCUAAUGCCUAGAUAC